AGGCGACGACAAGGGGCCCCGAGGCCUGCGGGUGGAUGGCAAUGUGGCCGCUCCGGGUCUACACCCGCAAGAAGAGGACCGGCCAGAGGCUCAACCUGACCCCGACGCCAGACCCCGGCCCACCGGUGAUGGCAGAGGCACUCCCAGGCCCGAAAGGACACGGCAAAGCUCAUGGGCUGCGGAAGAUCGCCGAGAACGUGGAGCGCAGUGGGCGGGGCGGUAGCAGCCCUGGGCUGCCCAGCUCUCAAUUAGGAGUUGCAGGAGAGAGAAGCCUGCGGGAAAGUAGCACUAGUGAAGAGACUGAGGAUGAGAAGAUUGCUCCAUUGAGCGAUUCUGUGACUGAUGAUCUCCAGAUUGACAGUAGUUCAUCAGCUGGUGAACUAGUAUCAGGACUAAGUUUGCAGCAUGAUAUUUCUAGCUCUCUUCUAAGCUAUUCAAUCACAGAUUCUUCUAUAGAAUGCAAGAGUUUUGAAGAGAAUUUAAGUAGCUUCCCAUCACCUGAACUCUUCAGAGGAUCAGAUUAUUUAGAUUGGGAGUGUCCCAAGUUGGAAGAAUACAUGCAAUGCAAGAAUUCUACUCUUCUGGAUACCAGUAAAGCAGUAGCAAUAGAGAAGGCACCACAGUUUUCAAACCUCUCUGCAAUUUUAGAUAAUGCAGCUUGUGAAGUACUUGCUGAGAAAACUUACCCUUUAACACCUGAAAAAACAAAGAAAAAAAACACAAACCCCACUAUUCUUGGUAAGAAAAGCAGAGGCCUGUUAACAAGUACUCCGACUUCGCAAACAGCUGGUUUAGAGAUUGAUCUGUCCUCAGUACAAAAAUCAUCUUUGGACGAACUAUUUCCAAAUGUCAGCAGCUGUGUUAAUUCAGAUGAAAUUGUUCCUGUGUCAAGUUCCCAGGAAAAUUCUUCAAAUGAGGUUCCUUUAAAUACAUCAGAAAUAUGUUGUAUUAUUAGAGCAUCACCAGGCACUAGACAAGUGAAAAGUAAAGGUGCUAUUGUAAAGAAGAAGAAAUAUUCUCUUCCUAAAGAUAUUCCUCAAGGUUAUGAAGUUUUCAAGGACAGAGACCACAUAAUAGACUUCUAUUUCUAUCUCUGA